UUACGCUGCGCAGCCAUGGCCGGCCUCGGUCACCCCGCCGCCUUCGGCCGGGCCACCCACGCCGUGGUGCGGGCGCUGCCCGAGUCGCUGAGCCGCCACGCGCUCCGGCGCGCCCCGGGCGAGGAGGUGGAUCUGGCCCGUGCCGAGCGGCAGCACCAGCUCUACGUGGGCGUGCUGGGCAGCAAGCUGGGGCUGCAGGUGGUGCAGCUGCCCGCCGACGAGAGCCUCCCCGACUGCGUGUUCGUGGAGGACGUGGCCGUGGUGUGCGAGGAGACCGCCCUCGUCACCCGGCCCGGGGCUCCGAGCCGGAGGAAGGAGGUUGACAUGAUGAAAGAGGCUUUAGAAAAACUUCAGCUCAACAUAGUAGAGAUGAAGGAUGAAAACGCAACCUUAGAUGGUGGAGACGUCUUAUUCACAGGCAGAGAAUUCUUUGUGGGCCUUUCCAAAAGGACAAAUCAACGAGGUGCUGAAAUCCUGGCCGACACUUUUAAGGACUAUGCAGUCUCCACAGUUCCCGUGGCCGAUUCUUUGCAUCUGAAGAGUUUCUGCAGUAUGGCCGGGCCUAACCUGAUUGCAAUUGGGUCCAGUGAGCCCGCACAGAAGGCUCUCAAGAUCAUGCAGCAGAUGAGUGACCAUCGCUAUGACAAGCUAACGGUGCCUGAUGACAUGGCGGCCAACUGUAUAUACCUGAAUAUUCCCAGCAAAGGGCACGUCCUGCUGCACCGGACACCUGAGGAGUACCCCGAGAGUGCAAAGGUUUAUGAGAAACUGAAAGACUACCUGCUGAUCCCCGUGAGCAAUUCUGAACUGGAGAAGGUGGAUGGGCUGCUCACCUGCUCCUCGGUUUUUAUUAACAAGAAGGUCGACUCCUGAGCGGCGGGAGCCCCUUCCUUGCAGCCAGCAAGAUGGCCCGGCCCCGGCUGACGACUUCGUACCCACUCUUGUUUUUCCUUGACAAUCUACUACGCCACUGCGCUACUAACUGUCCUUUACAGAACUCUAAUUGUUUUGUUUUCUGUACCCUCCUUCCCCUCACGGUGGCUCCUAACCUGUGGAUCUGCGAAAUGAACUAAGCAACCUAGAGAACAUAGAACUAAUGAAUCAUUGAGAUGUGAUUAAUAAUAGUGUGGAAACACUCAUCUUGGUGUCUGUGUCGUUAGUGGGAAAAUCAUUUAGUUGCAACAUAUGGGAAGAAUGUCUUCUUGAUCGGUCAGAUAAGCUCUGGCUUGUUUUCUUUGUAUCAUAGAUCAGUUCCCCAUCCAUGAAUUCUCCUCUCUUACCUCUCCUAUCUUCUACACCCUGAAGAGAGUUUUUUUCCUGCCACUUCCUUAUGCCUUUCCCACUUCUACCACAGCCACCUUGACCUUGGGUAAAAAGAUCCAGGGCCCUGCAUCCCGGAUACCUUCCUGCAGGUCUGUCUGUGAUCUGUGAUCCUCUUUCUCCCCUGCCUCACGACCAUGUCUUCUGCCAUCACCACUGGCCCUCCCUCCCCCAGAAGGAGGAAUGCGGUCUCCUCAGCAGAGCUGGGUCCCAACAUCACAGUGCUGGGGUGGAGGAGUGCGAAGUACACAGAGGCAGAUCCUGACAAGGUUUGCUCCAGAGAUCCAAAUUCCAGAAGUAGUAGGGCACCGCACCUAAAGGUAAAAACACAGCCCCAGUUGGAUGAUAAGGAAUACUAGAUGGAAGUAAAGAAAUGCCCUGGGGGUACACACCAUCUUAGAAAGUUUCUGAGUCACAUGCCAUGAAUUUUGCCUCAUUAUUACAGAAACUUGGAAGAAAGCCUCUCUCCGUUUCUUCUCGCUCCAGCUUUCCCCCUGCCUUAACUCGCCUCAUUUACACCCUCCUGCCCUUUGCAAUCAUCUGAGUCUACAAAGUCAUUUCCGCCAAGAGAGACUUAGCACUUUAGAAUGAUUACUGAUGGUCCAGAGAGAGGCCCCCGAAGCCGCCCCCAUAGUGAAGCAUCAUGAUUGGAAAAUAGUGCCCAAAGCCAGCCUCACACAAUAGAUGAGUCCACUUUGAAAUAUUUACUGUGGAAUUCAAUUAAAACUCCUCUCUUCCCCGGCCUCCAGAUUGCACAAACUUCCCGCCACACAGGUCACUUACAAAGAACAAUGCUCCCAUGAAGGGCGAUCUCAUUCUUCUUCUAAAGCUGCGAGAAGCAAGCCAGGGAAGUGGUCCUUUGCUGGGCGUGGUGACUGAAGGCAUGGCAUCCCGCUUCUGAGUCAUUGCCAUUGUUCCUGUAUUGCUCGGAACUCGUUUUGAGAUUUAAAAUCAGGGAGACACAGAAAAGUCCUGUCAAACCUCUGUGUUUGUGAUCAAAGUUCCCUAUGUUGGUGAUCAGGAGAGAACUGAUUUCGCUCAUUUCAUUGCCCCUCGUCAGAUGGGGCUGAGAAAUCCCGGGAAGUCAAGGCGUUCUUAACCACUGUCUGUUUGUGACACUUACUUGGGAAGGGUGAGAAACUCCUAUCUUCCCGUUUGUCCGACUUCACAAAAUUCAUAUCACACUCAAAUAUCUAACUCUGAACAUCCUGCGAAUGAACCUACCUUGGUCACUGUCAUAUUUCAAAACACCUCACCACAGGUGAAUAAUGGGUUUUUUUACCAGAAAGAACGCCUGUUUAGCCACACGCCCACGUUAGUAGAGAAGAAUUGUUCUCAGCAAUUGUGGUUGCCCUUUUUGAGUUAAAGUUGGCCCUGCAUUAAUUACCCAAAGCAGAAAUGCUCCCUGUGACAGCUCACCAUCUCACAAACAGCCACAGACAAAACAGCCCCCCAGCUAGCUAGGCUAACCAACAUAUAAUUUUCAAUAUCAUUCCUUCUAUUAUCCCAGACUAAAGAAUGUUCUCUAUUAUGUUUAGUCAAUUACAAGUGAAGAGAUUUUUUUUUUCUUUGUAACAAUUUGUCCUAUCAUGGAUGUGGUGGUUGUUUUUUUUUUUUUUUUCCUUCAUUUUCUCCUUCCUUGGCGUUUUCUUUCUCUUGUUUCCUUGUUUGUCUUGAGACAUCACCUAGAAUCCCCAUAUUACUCCAUUUUACUCCACACUGCUGUGCUGCAAACAAGGCAGUGUCUUUUGGACUCCUGGUGAGAUAUGAUGUGAAAACCUGAAGUACUUGCAACAGUCAUAUUACUUCUCUGAUGUCAUCAACAUAAUGCUCUCCUUGAAAAGGAAAGACACCAAUUACAUAGGUUUCUGUCCUCCUCUCUUGUCCACUAUAGAUUACAAAGAUGGGAAAACUGACAAAAACAACUUUAUACCAUUAUAAAGACACGAGGAAUUAUAUUUAAGUUAGUACAAGUUGAUUCAGAAUGACUUGGUUCGGUUUAAUGAAAGGAAGAUAUAGAGCGAUACAUUAUUUAGUAUUAGUCUUCAAGUGUGAUGGAUUGCUGUAGAAAUCAGUGGCAGGUCUCUAAUGUGUAAUAAUUGCUCUUUAAGCUGCUGUGAACCGAUGACUAAGGCUCUCUCUUCAUCUCUAAGACGGGAAAAUAGUCUAAAGAUGUAUAACAUGACUUAUGUAGGGUUGCAUGUUAGUCUUUGUAAUUACUCACUCUUGAACACGCUACAGAACUCAAACAUGGGUCCGACAUGGUGUUAGAUUUGUGUGGGGUUUUGUCCCGCCCUUUGUCUUCCAGCCAGUGUAUGGUUAUCCACUCUGUGUGCCAAAACCAGUCAUGCCUUCCACCACCCAUUUAGUCUAGAGGAGUUCUGCACUGAUUUGAGUCUCUUGCUGCUUGAGCCUAUGUGUCACAUCAGUCACGAUGGAAUAAAGUGAGCUGUACUGUG